AUGGAUAUUUCAGGAUUUUCAUUAACAGUAGUUAUUUCUGAACUUUUAUUAACAAGUAUUAUUGAACCCAUUGGGUCUAGUUGGGCAUAUUCACAAAGCCCAAACCCAACCCAAUAUUUAGCAAGCCCAACCCAGUCCGGCCGCAAAUUCACGGGUUUAGCCCGGCCCAUUCCGUACCCUAGUGACAGCUUAACUUCGCCCACUGUUACGGCAGAAGAUUUUAGAAGUGGUGGGAGCGGACCAAAGAUUGGUAGGAUUCCUCCUGGUGUUAGACACCUUUCUCAAACUAUCAUCACAAAAAAUAUGGAAAAAAAACGUUCAAAUGAAGAAUGGCAAGCAGUUCUUACUCCUGAGCAAUUUAGAGUUUUACGUGAAAAAGGAACAGAACCAGCAAACUCUGGUGAAUAUAAUAAAUUUAAUGGAAAAGGAGUGUACAGCUGUGCAGCUUGUAAUACGCCUCUUUAUGUUUCCGAUACCAAAUUUGAUUCUGGGUGUGGUUGGCCGGCUUUCUUCGAUGCAAUACCUGGUGCAAUUAAUCGAAAGACUGACAAUUCACAUGGAAUGUCUCGAAUUGAGAUUACUUGCGCUGCAUGCGAUGGUCAUCUAGGUCAUGUCUUUAAGGGAGAAGGAUGGAAUUUUACAUCAGCUGACGAAAGGCAUUGUGUUAAUAGUGUUAGCAUUAAAUUUAAAGAAGAAGGAAAAUCCGAAAAAUCUUGA